ACGUGAAAAUUGACAGAAGCUCUCCUAACGGCCACACAUGGCCUGCUUCACCUCUAACAUUCUGCAGCACAAGCAUGUACUCUCAAUCACUCUCUGUAAGUAUCCAUCGCCAUCUCUUCAUGCUUGCAAAUUUCACCUUUUAUCUCACUUUCCUGGUUCCUCACCUCCAAAGCACACACCGCUUCUUGUAGCUACAACACUUGCUAGUAACAUACUACAUGCAAAGUUAUCUGCAACUGACCAUGAUAGUCCAACCAAAACCAUUAAUUCAAGAACCAGAAAGGAAAAUAAUGCAUUGGGGUUCCCUUCUUCAAGAAGAAUAGCUAAAAGGGUAGAGAGAAAACAUGUCAAAAACCUUACUACUUCUGUAGUUGACGAGAAGACUGAGAAGCGGUUUUCGAAGGAUAGAAGUACAAGAAAGAAUAUGGGUUUUAGAGAAUGUACAGGAAUGGGUUCUGAGAAUUGUACUAAAGAUGGGAAAAAGGGCAUUAGAUUUUUGGCAACUAUGGACAGUCAAGGAGUAUGUGGUGAAAUGGAGAGUAGAACAAAAAACGGUAGUGAUAUUCAAGUUAUUAAAGUGGACAAAAUUGGAAAAGGGUCUAAACAAGACAAGGUUGAUUCAUCAGAACUCAAGUUACGAGUUAGGUUGGAUAUGUGCUCGAAAAGAGGAGAUGUGAUAGCUGCAAUUCAAUUAUAUGAUUUAGCUCAGAGAGAAGGAAUCAAGAUGGGGCAGUAUCAUUAUGCUGUACUUUUGUAUCUUUGUUCCUCUGCUGCUGUUGGUGGUGUUCAACCAGCUAAAAGCGGGAGUGAGAAUGGUAGGCGAGCCAUCGAUUCAUUAGAUGUGUCUAAUGAAGUUUCGAAUGUAAAAUUUCAGGAGUUGAGUGAAUUAAGGGAUGAGGAUGAUAGAAAAGUUGGUGCUACUGAAUUGCAUAUUCGUGUUUCCAACAAUAGGAAGAAAUUAGUCGAUGCUGAUAGAGAACCUGGAAGUAUAGCUGAAAUGGAGUUGAAUCAUGGCAGUACGUUUGGUAAUUUAGAUGACAAGGAAAGUUUGGUCCAGUUUUGCAAUGAGUGUAACAAGCUAAACUUUCAACACUUGGAUGGACGGCCUUCACAUGGAAAGGAUAAAGAUGUCAAUAUGCAUGGCAAUCAUGAAAUUCAGUUCAGCGAAGAUGUCAAGAAGUAUGCACUUCAAAGGGGCUGUGAGAUCUUUGAGAAAAUGUGCAAGGAAAAGGUCCCAAUAAAUGAAGCAACCUUGACAGCUGUGGCAAGAAUGGCGAUGUCAAUUGGUAAUGGUGAUCUGGCCUUUGAAAUGGUGAAACAGAUGGACGCAUUGGGGAUAAAUCCUAAAUUGCGGUCCUAUGGACCUGCUCUAUCUGUGUUUUGCAGUAGUGGAGACAUCGACAAAGCAUUUUAUGUAGAGAAGCACAUGUUGGAACAUGGUGUUUAUCCAGAGGAGCCUGAAUUGAAGGCACUCUUAAGAGUAAGUGUAGAAGGUGGUAAAGGUGACAAAGUUUAUUAUUUGCUGCAUAAACUACGAAGAAUUGUAAGGAGGGUCUCACCCUCUACUGCAGGCAUAAUUGUUAGAUGGUUUAACAGCAAGGCAGCUUCAAGAGUGGGAAAAACAAAAUGGGACGUUAAAGAAGCAAUUGAAAAUGGAGGUGGAGGUUGGCAUGGGCAAGGUUGGCUGGGUAAGGGAAAGUGGACUGUUUCUUGUACAUCUGUUGGGCUGGAUGGAAUUUGCAAGUACUGUGGACAGAAAUUGACCACAAUUGACCUUGAUGCUGUUGAAACAGAGAAAUUUGCCGAAUCAGUUGCUUCUAUUGCCAUAAAACGUGACAGAGAUUCAAGCUUUCAAAGAUUUCAAAAAUGGCUUGAUUACUAUGGACCUUUUGAAGCAGUGAUAGACGGAGCAAAUGUUGGUAUUUACAACCAGGGAAGGUUCAUGCCAUCAAAGAUCAACGCUGUUGUUAAUGGUAUACGUCAGAAGCUUCCUUCAAAAAAAUGGCCACUCAUUGUUCUGCAUAACAAGCGAAUCACUGGACGCAAGAUGGAUGGACCGGUAAAUAAAGCUUUCAUUGAAAAGUGGAAAAAUGCUGAUGCACUUUAUGCAACACCCACUGGAUCAAAUGAUGAUUGGUACUGGUUGUAUGCAGCUAUAAAGUUCAAGUGUUUAAUUGUGACCAAUGACGAGAUGAGAGACCAUACAUUUCAUCUUCUAGGAAACGACUUCUUCCCUAGAUGGAAAGAAAGGCAUCAGGUGCAUUUCAGAUUUACUGAUGCUGGUCCAGAUUUUGACAUGCCUCCGCCUUGCUCUGUUGUAAUUCAGGAAUCAGAAAAAGGUCACUGGCACAUUCCAAUUGAAACAGAAGGAGAAGGCGAAGGCGAAGCAGAAAGAGAAUGGUUAUGCAUUACACGGGCUAACUCGCGAACAACAACACAUUCUAUCACCACCACGCCUGGAGGAUCACAGUCUGUUGGACAUGGUAAGAAGCAAGCAAGGUCCUCCAUGCAGACUAGAGUUGCGAUAAAGCCAGAUCGCUUAAAACAUAACAUCCCCGACAACAUACGAAAGCCACCUCGAGACUACAAGAAUCUCAAAAAUAUUCUUGCAGCAUCAGGGUUCCCAGAUCAUCGCACUGUUCUAUCAGAAAUUGAGACAGCAGAGGAACUUGGAGACACUGUUAUUGACUUCCAGAUAUAAAGUUAAUGGCUCUCUCAUUGAUCUUCAACAAUUCAAAUAUUCUUCAAUAAUUUUGAAGCACGGAUCAUGUAGCUGCAAGUAGCUGGCCAUACCACAUUGCGGCAAAGCGCUCUUCUCCGGCGGGUUCCUUCAUCAAAUUUUACCAGUCAAAGUGCAGCCAUUUAUAUUAAUUGAUUGGUUUAUUGAGUAACUAAUAAAUUCUUGAAUGACCCUUUGGAAUUCUCAAAGCUAUUAAUGCAUUUGCUUGCAACA